GCGACAGCGAUAGGGGCGGCUAUAAGCGACAGCGGGCCCGGGGGGGCCGCGAUGGCUCCGUGGCUGCUGUGGCUGCUGCUGGUCACCGGCACCGGCACCGGCACCGGGGGGGCUCCCCCUGGGGCCCGGGAGGUGCCGGAGCCCCCCCGGGCGGUACCGGAGCCCCGGGAGUUACCGGAGCCCCGGGAGGUUCCAGAGCCUCGGGCGGUACCGGAUUCCCCCCGGGCGGUACCGGAGCCUCGGGAGGUGCCGGAGCCCCGGGCGGUACCGGAGCCUCGGGCGGUACCGGAGCCCCGGGCCGUGUCGGACGCCGAGCUCCGGGAGCUCUCGGAGCAGCUGCUCGCCGCGGACUCGAACCGGGCCAAGCCGGGCCAGCUGGAACUGAACCUGCAGGGCUCGGGCAGCGACAGGCUGUUCGCGCGGGUGGCCCCGGAGCUGCUGGCCGUGCCCACCUUCUCGGGGCUCGUUGCCCUCCUGGACAAUUACGAGCCGCGGCCGGGCCGUGCGGAGGCGCAGCCGCCGGCGGAGCUGCGGGAGCAGCGGCGCUUCCUGGAGGCCGCGCUGGCCACGCCGGUGCUGGCGCUGCUCGAGCGCUUCGUGCUGGCCAAGGGUGCGCCCGCGGCGUCGCUGCCGCGUCCCCUCUGUCCCCGCGGUGUCCCCGCGGUGUCCCCAUGGUGUCCCCAUGAUAUCCCCAUGGUGUUCCCCUGUGUCCCCAUGGUGAACCCCCUGUCCUCACAGUGUCCCUACAUUGUCCCUACAGUGUCCCCUUAG